UGAUAAUCGAUGUCUGCUUCCUAGGGUUGUGCCAGCAGCAGCUGCGCCUUUCCCAGUGUAAGGGCCACCUAGUUCAAGCCAGACUUAGUAAGCAACUGAUCUUAACCUAAACCUACACACGAUGCCGGUUGGUUCGCCGAUCCAACGGCUCUCCGACGACCUGCUCGCCAAGAUCUUCAAUCUCCUCGCUAGAUCCGAUGGCCAGCUGAAGCACGCUAGCGUCUGCAAGCAAUGGCACGGCAUGGCGUGUCGCGUGCAGGACCGCGUCUGCUUGACCGCAAGCCGCCACGUGGAUCCUCGUCAGCUGAUUCCGCAGCUCUCGCGGUUCGUCAAUCUCAGAAAGCUCGUCCUCUCCGCCGGCAGCCUGCCGGCCGUCCCUGAUGCCCUCCUCUCGUGUGUCGCCGACACGUGUCACGAUCUCAUUGAGCUUCGCAUCAACUCACCUGAGUCCGACUCGCAUGAGUGGGACUCUUUGGAUCAAAUCGACAGUCCUGAGAAUUUCACCGAGUGCGGCCUUUCCUCGCUGUUCGCCAAGUGCACUCGCCUGGAGGAUCUUCAUCUGCGUUGCCCGAAGCAUCUCGCCGCCAUUCCUCCCUCCAUCGACUGCCUCGCUUCGCUCACGAACCUGCACCUUGUCGCGAGAAGGGUCAAGCUGCUUCCCGAUACAUUCUCCUCGUUACAGUCACUCCAACGCCUCGUUCUCAUCAUGCCGAAGCUGAAAAAUCUUCCUCGAAAUUUCAAGAACCUCGUCCUUCUGAAGUCGCUGCAGCUUGAUGACUGUGGCUCCCUGAAAUCAAUCCCGGAAUUUAUUGGGCAACUUGCAAGUGUAGACCGUCUCUCCAUCAGUGGCUGCAGAGAGCUGCGACUACCUGAUUCUCUCACCAACCUCUCGUCUUUGGUGGCUCUGGAGAUUCGCGCAUGCCGUGACCCUCUCCCACUGCCCGCGAAUUUCGGCCAGCUUCACGCGCUCGAAAGUUUACUGCUGGAGGAUAUAGCUGGAAUGCCCAACCUGCCCGAAUCUCUCGGGCAGCUGCAGCGCCUGAAGCGACUUUCCCUGAAUAGAUGCAGCGGCAUUUCGUCUCUGCCUCGUUCUCUUCCCCGUCUUCCUUCCCUCGCGGAUCUCAACCUGUUCGCCCCGAACCUUUCCGUGCUGCCCGCCGAAAUCGGGCAGUUAUCAGAGCUUCGGACUUUCUCGCUGACCAAUGCGGAUGUUCCAAGCCUCCCAGAUUCCAUCUCUCAGGCCACGGCACUCCAAGAGCUGUCGUUAGAAAAUCUCAGGGAUUUGACUUCUCUGCCCGAGGAAUUCGGGCAGCUGGCCUCUCUAGAGACUCUCCACCUGAAUGGGCUUCCCCAGCUGACCCACCUGCCCGAGUCAUUCGGACACCUGACCAAGCUUCGUACGCUGCGAAUCAUGGCGUGCUAUCAGCUGCAGCAGCUGCCUGAUUCCGUAUCCGCGCUAUUGGCCCUUCAAGACUUGGACCUGAGACACUCCUGGAGGCUCACUGCGCUACCAGUAGGCAUGGGGAACGGCCUGCCCAAUCUGCGCAAGUUAGAGCUGCACCACUGCAAGGCCCUCACCCGCCUCCCCCCAUCCUUCUCCGGCCUCUCGUCCCUCGAAUCCCUCAGCAUCCUGCAAGCAGGGAGCUUCAGAGGCGCCUUACCGGAGGGCUUUGGCCGCUUGGGGAAGCUGAGGGAGCUGUCUCUUCGAGCCAUGCCGCACCUGACUGCGCUUCCUGCCUCCGUUUCCGGCCUUCUCGCCCUCACCAGCCUGCUUCUGGUAAAUUGCCCGGGGGUUAAAGCGCUGCCUGGGGAUAUCGGACGGCUGGGGUCACUCGAAGAGCUGAAGAUCUCGAAGCUGGACGGCUUGGAUUCGUUCCCCCGGUCGCUGGUUGAGCUGCCCCGGCUGCGGGUGCUGGAGGUUCGGAUGUGCUCUGAGCUGCUCACUCUGCUAGGGGAUGAAACCGUCGAAGAUCUCGAGCAGGGCCAGGGAACAGGUGCUGCUAGCAGCACCUUGGGUGCCAGCAGCAACAGGAGCAGCAGUAGCAGCAGCAGCAGGGACACCACUACCACCACCACCACCCACAGCAGUGGCAAUCAUGGCAGGAGUGUCAACGGUGCACUGCUCCCAUCCCUGCUCAGUCUAAAGGCUGAACAAUUUUUUUUCAGGUCCUUCGGUCCAUCCCUCGGCUGCCUCUCGUCCCUCACAAGGAUGGAGCUCCUGCAGAUGGGAGAACUGCUCUCCCUCCCUGACUCCAUCUCUGGGCUUUCACAGCUGCAAGUGCUUCGGAUCUUUAACUCCAUAAAACUGAAAUCGCUUCCGGAAACCCUUGGAGGUCUCUCCUGCCUUCGUGCCCUGGAGCUUGUUGGCCUGCACGGUUUGCACGAGCUGCCCGAGGCUUUCGGGCAGCUGACGCAGCUCGAGACGGUGAAAAUCAUCAUGUGUACCAACAUCUCCAGGCUUCCAGCAUCCUUUUCCAAUCUGUCAAAGCUGCAGCACUGCUCGCUUGACAACGUGGGGAUCUCGGGCAUUCCAGAUGAUUUCUGGAGGCUCUCCUCCCUCCAGACCUUGGUGCUUCUGUGCCUGCAGAAUCUUUGCAGCUUGCCGGAAAGUUUUUCGCAGCUGCCCCGGCUGAAGGCGUUGGAGCUGUGCCACUGUAGGAAGCUGUCUCAGGUGCCGCCUUCCCUGGGGGAAAUGCCAACAUUGAGUGAGUGUGUGAUUCUAGAGUGUCCUCUGCUUCCAAAUUGAGGCACCAAGGUGAGCUGCGGAAGGGAAGGAGGAAAGGAAAGAGUGAAGGAGGGAGACAGAGGGAGAAUAUUAGGACGACGAGGAUGAGGGAGUGUAUGAUGAAGAGGAUGAGGGAGAGGGUGAGGGGUAUGUGCAGUUGGGUGAGCGAAUGGAGUAUAGUGAAGAAGAAGAAGAGGAGGAUGAAGAAGAAGAAGAGGACGAAGAAGAGGAGGAUGAAGAGGAGGAAGAAGGCGACGAGGAGGAUGACCAAGAUGAGGAGGAGGAUGAAAGGGGAGGAGGAAAUCCAAGAGAGCUAGGAAGAAGAGGAUGGUGCGGUUGGGAAUGGGGAAGGUGGGAAGGGAGAAAAUUGAGGAAGCAGGGAGAUGGCAGCAAUGGCAGCAAGGGCAGCAAUGUGCAGCAGUAAUGGCAGCAAUGGGCAGCAGUAAUGGCAGCAAUGGGCACCAUUAAUGGCAGCAAUGGGCAGCAGCAAUGGCAGCAGCAGUGGCGGUGGCAGUGGCGGCGGUGGUGGCGGCAGCAGCAGCAGUGUCCGGGUUGAGCUGCUGCCAUCCCGUUAGAGUCCUGCAAUCGCUGGGUCUUCCUCUUCCCACCGACAGGUCUUCCUCUCGAAUCGUCGGGUCCAUCCUUUGGCCAGUUAUCCUCCCCCCACACACACGUACUUCCCUCCAUGGACGAACUCCUACCCGCUCUUCCUGAUCUGAUCUCUAGACUCACAAGUACCCAAUUGAAGCACUCCCAGAAACUUUCAGGAUGCUUUCAGCCCUCACGGCACGUGAACUCAAAUGCCUCCACAGUUUCCAUGACCUGCCCGGAUCGUUUGGGCUUGUGAAGAAGCUCAAGUCGCUGAGAAUCACAUAAUGCCCUGGGAUGAAUGAGUGGGAGGUGAGGUUGUAUGAGGGAGGAGGAUAAGGAGCGAGGGUGUGGGAGUGUGCGGUUGAAGGGAAAGUUUCGAGAGUGUUACAGUAGCUUGUGUUAAAAUUAUAUAAGUUAUCAUUUAUGGGCUUGGUAGACUAUUACUGAAUACUGCUGUAGAGGGUACAACAGCCCUUCUUGUAUGCCUCUGUCUUCUUUUCAAUCGCCCUUUUCUUUUCG